CCUAGUAAGUCGUGUAAUUUUAAUCCCUUUUAGUUUAUACAUAUUUACAAAGAUCAUAAUUUGCUCAAAAUUCAAUAUUAGUCUGCAAAAAAAACGAAAACAUGUGUGAAAGACCUAAAAAUGCGAUAACCCACGAUAUGGUGCAUCAUCUCCGUUACGAUAAGCCAAAAUUCACUGUUGCGCAUGAUAUGAAACCUACAAAAUUUUGGCCAGGAGCUCGUUUUAUGGUCGUCUGUGAGAAUGGUGAUCUGAAUACGGCUGCCUAUUGCUUGGCCAAUUUCAUGCAGGAGCCAUUUCAAGAUUAUCCUAUGGCCACGGUGGCUGUGCAAGAAUCGAUCCGAGACGAUUUCAUUGAACGUGUGCGAAUACGUUUCAAGCAAUUGAAACCUCAUGUAGCGUUACAUCCGAAUUUCGAGAGGAACUACAAUUUGCUGAAACACGAUGGAAAUAUUAAAUACGUUGUGGCCUAUGAUGAAGAUGCUCCAGCCUGUGCCAGUCCCGUUCUGGUGACCGAGGGAGUUACGCAUAUUUAUUUUCCCAGUGGUGCCACUGGAAUGACCACGUUACAUAAAUUUGAAACAAUACCGGAUGUGAGUCUGAUCUUUGGCAAAGAGACACCACCUUUUGAUUCGAUUUGUAUAUUUGAUGAAGGGAUUAUAAGUGUGUAUGACUUGGCUCCGCGUGUUAAAUGUGUAAAGUUCUUUGUAAAUUGCAUUGACGUCUCCCUGGUGCCCAUAAUGGAGUAUUAUUCCAGUAGGACACCUCGUGUGGUAUACAAGAAUGGCUAUCACUAUGAAACACUCAGUAUGAACGAUACUUGGCGCAUCAUUGUCUAUCCAUAUCUCGCUUCGUUAGCUCGUCCUUGCUGUUGUCCAGCGGGUCUAUGCAAUUGUCAUUUUACAAAUUUGAUUUGCUGUGAGGAGAACUUACAUUUAAAAUAGUAAGAGUGAGUGUCUUCUGAUUUGCUUCAGUCGUCGUUUGCUGUGUGAUAUCUGCAGAGUUUUCAGUCGUUUUUCCAUUGCCAAGAAGAGGAAAAGAUAUUUCAACAGUUCUGCAAUGAGUAGUGGCGCGGCUUGGAGACCGGCAACAUGUGUGAGCUAUAAUUUUCGCGGUAGUUGCCUUUUGAAUGGCUCAGAAUACAGUCCAAGCAGGCUAUAAUGAACUUUCAAAAUUGCAACAAAUGUACAAGUGUUGCAUAUAAAUUUCUUGUGAAUUGUAUAAAUUAAGAAUGAUAUUCCAUGUGGCCAUAAAUUUUACAAUAAAUUGAAAAUCAAUGUAUAAUGUA